AUGGGGCGGGAACACCUCAGUAACGACGAGUUCUUUACUCAACUUGCCAACCUUUUCGAGCACAACCGCACCAAAGGCCACGGCAGCGUCUACCUCACACAAAAACGCCUGACUUUCGACUCAGCAUUGACACCGGCCACACCCACAAAAGUUGCCGAUGAUCCAUUAUGGGACACGCAUCCGGAAGCUCCUCUACCCGUCUUGAUCCGCGCAUCCAACAACAAGAGCGACAAGAAGGCUGGGACCGAUAGGCAAGAUGUUGCGAAGAUCGCGCUGAGCACGAUUGUCAACCCAGGUGACAUUGACACUUUCUACACACGGUACGCAGAGACGUGCAAAGCGGGCAUGUCGUCAUUGAAGAAGAGGGAUAGGAAGAAGGGCAAGAAGGACAAGAAGAAGAAGAAGGUAGUGACGUAG